CAUUAGUGGACGAAGCAUGCUGCUGUAAGGGUUUAAAUAGACAGGGUCGUGGCGUGAGUACAUACAUGUAAGCCCCGCAAUCAUGGCCUCGGACGAUAUUCUUAAGGUGUCUUCCCUGAGGGGAAAAGUGACCCUCAUCACUGGAGCCAGCUCAGGUAUUGGAGCAGGCACGAGCAUCCUGUUCGCCAAACUGGGAGCUCUGCUGGCUCUGAAUGGCCGCGACUUGGAAAACCUCCACAGAGUGGCCAAACAGUGUACCGAGUGUGGAGGUAUCGAGCCCCUGCUUGUUCCCGGAGACCUUACUGAUGAGGAGAUGGUCAGGAAGACAGUGGAGAAAACCAUCUCUCACUUUGGCCGUCUGGAUGUCUUGGUGAACAGCGCUGGCAUCCUGGCCAUGGGCAGCAUCGAGACAACAGACCUGACUCAGUUUGACAAGGUCAUGAACAUCAAUGUCAGGUCUGUAUACCAGCUGACUCAGCUCUGUGUGCCUCACCUGAUUAAGACCAAAGGCUCCAUUGUCAAUGUAUCCAGUGUAAAUGGACAAAGAGCAUUCCCUGGUGUGCUGGCAUACUGCAUGUCCAAGUCUGCCAUUGACCAGUUCACACGUUGUAUAGCACUUGAGCUGGCAUGUAAGCAGAUCAGGGUGAACUCCGUCUGCCCUGGUGUGAUCAUCACAGACGUCCACAAGAGAGCUGGACUAGAUGAGGAUCAGUACGCUCAGUUCCUUGACAAGUGUAGGCAGACCCAUGCCCUCGGCCGACCAGGGGAGGUGGAGGAAGUGGCCAAUAGCAUCGCCUUCCUGGCAUCUGAUGCUGCCAGCUUCAUUACAGGAGUAAACCUCCCAAUCGAUGGGGGUCGCCAUGCUAUGUGCCCAAGAUAAGAUCAUGUAUAUGAUAUGAUCCAGCAGUCCUCUAAUAAACUGCUUUCAAACUCUGAAA